GUGAAUGCUACUCCUUUCAUUGGCCGGCAGGAGUUAAAUAGGAGCGGUGGGGAACUCCUCCUAUUUCCCUGUCUACUCAAAAGAAAAGGUGGCAGCUGCUGAGGAGUGAAAAGGAGAAGGAAAUAUACAAGUAGCGGACGACUGACAGACACAUCAGGGAGGAAGAACAGCUGAGAAAGUCAGAGAGUUACGACGUGUGUUCCUGGAAAACUGCAGAGACAGAUUGAUAGCUCAGACUAGACGUACAACAAAGAUGGCCUCCGCCGCUCCGUUCAGCCGCAGACCGUGGGCGUCCCAGUCGCUGAGGGUCACCGCCAAGGAGCUGUCCAUAAUCUCCGCCCGGGGAAAAAAGAACGCCAUCGCAGAACGCUUCUCAAAGUACCAGAUAGCAGCAGAGGAGGGAAAUGCAGAGAAGAAGAAAGCGGUCACAGAACCUCUUCCCUCCACACUGCGCAGCGGGAAUCUCAGUCUUUUAAAGAAACGCUGGGAACAGCAGCAGCCAUCCAGCCUCAGAGCCCAACCUCAGGCCUGCAACCCUCAGACCCUCAAACCUGCGCCCACAUCACACACCCAGAACCACGCAGAGACCCUGAAGACCGCCCCACCCUCUCAGGACCAGGACAUCGACCCGGAGACGCAGCUUCACUGUGAAUCCAGCUCCCACCAGCUGCUGUCGGCUCUUCCUGAGGAUCUGAUCAUGGAGGAGAAGCCCAGCAGAGAGUCGGAGGAGUAUCAGGGAGCGCCGGCUGAAGUACCCGAAUGUGAGAAGCCCAGCGUCCCCCUAAACAGCCUCAAGAUGAUGUUUGAGAAGGGAGAGAACCUGAGCGACAAGGGGUCCAGAGAGCAGCCGAGAAGAGGAAGCGUCGGUAACACCGCCAACAUGGACCAGCUACUAGGAGAUGGAAGUCUUGCAGAGUCCGCGCCUCUCCGGGACAGGAUGGCUCUUUAUCAGGCGGCCAUCUCCAAACAGGAAGUCACGCCCUCCUCUGUCAGUGGUGAUCAGCAGGACAGUUUCUCUGGAAAGCAGAAGGAGAACGUUCCUCCGUGCUCUCUGGACUUGAGUUUGGAGUGCGAGGCAAACGGCAGGAAAGCUUUUACCUCCGAGAGCAACGGCUCCACCAACGGCACUCCUGUAUCCUCCGCUCAGCCCAAGACCCCCAAAAACUUCCGGCUGCCUGUGAGGGAGACGUGUGUGACGUGCCUGAAGACGGUGUAUCCUCUGGAGAGACUCGUGGCCAAUCAGCACGUUUACCACAGCUCCUGCUUCCGCUGCUCACACUGCAGCACCAAACUCAGUUUGUUGAACUACGCCUCGCUGCACAACAACGUCUACUGCAAGCCGCACUUCUCCCAGCUCUUCAAGGCCAAAGGAAACUACGACGAGGGCUUCGGCCACCGGCCCCACAAGGAGCUGUGGGAGAGCAAAGUGGAGAGCGCCGAGACCUCCCCUCAGCCCAAAGCCAAGACCCUGAGCCCGGAGGAUGAGGAGGAGGAAGAGGAGCGCCCCAGCGUGGAGGACUCCCCGCUGGCUAAAGUCAACGUGCUGACGGCCACCAUGGAGGCUCUGGGGCAGGGGGCGGGGGAGAAGUCCGACAGACCCCCGGAGGCCCGCCGGCUGAAGAUCUCCUGGCCUCCUCGCACGGAGCAGGAGGAGUCGAGCGGCCGCAGUGGAGCCGCCACAGAGGAGGGGUCCCCAGGGAAGUCUGUCAAAGCAAAGUGGCCCCCAGAGGAGGGUUCAGUUCCUGAGCAGCCCAAAGAGGCCCCUUGUCUGCGCCGCACCUCCUCCCUGAAGGAGCGCAGCAUGCCCUUCACCCUGGCAGGACAAACUCCAGAGGUGAGGAAGACGAGUCCUCCUCCUCCUCCUCUUCCUCUUGGAGACAACGGAGAUCUGAGUCCUGAACCUGCAAGCAUGGAGCUGCAUGAUGGAGGUCACCCCCCCGCUGAGGAGGGCCUCAUCAGCUCAGGAGGAGAAGAGGAGGAGGAGGCUGAAAACAUGCCGGAGCAGAAUCUCACCAGAGAGGAGGAGGACACCCCGGAAGAAGAACCUGAGGAAGAGGAGAAGAUGGAGGAAGAGGAGGAUGUGAUGGAGGAGGAAGAGGAGGAAGAGGAGGAGGAGGAGAUGACGCCUCAGAAACGGGAGGAGAUGAUCUCGUCUCCUGAAGGAGAGGUGGAGGCCAGUCGCUCCUCUCAGGAUGUCGGGUUCUGGGACAGCGAGGAGGCGGAGCAUAAGGAGGAGGAGGCGGAGCAUAAGGAGGAGGCGGAGCAUAAGGAGGAGGUGCAGGAGGAAGAGGAGGGGCUGACUGUGGAGGAUAUGAUCAAGAGAAACCGAUACUACGAGGAGGAAGAGGACGCGGAGGAUGUAUAAAAUGGCAGCAGUGGACACUCGGAGGACUUUCCUUCUUCUUCUUCUUCUAGACGUUUUCUUCUUCUCUUCCUAAAAGAGCGUUGCUGUGUGAACUCUACUGAACUCUUUGUGCCUCUUUCUGAAACCUUUAAAGCCAUUCCUACAAGAAUGUUUUUACAACACUGUCGCUCGGACAUCGUUUGUUUUUAAAUGUCAAAUAUUUAAACUCACGCCCCAUGUAAUGAAUAUUUUUAUCCCAGAAUGUCCAAUAGUUAUCACACAGAACUAUUUUUGUGUAAUUUUCUAUUCUCAUUAGAUGCCUCUUAAUCUGGAUUGAAACUGCUGUUGAAGUACCAACGAUGUGAGCCUGUUAUUAUACCGUGAUGUGGGAUUGUUACAGCUAACGUAGCUUCUAAACGGAGUCCCUUUUUAAUAAUAAAUCCAAAAGAAGCCACUGUUUUAGAAAAGCCAGCCCCGCACUUUGAUCUGUUACCAGUUUCUGUGAAGAAAACAUCUUUGUCACUUUCUAUUCUUUAUGUACAUGUUAAACUCAAACACCUUUUUGUUUUACAAUUCAAGAGUUAUAACUGGAUUUGAAUGAUGUUGUACUGUUUUUUUUAAAAACCAGGGGACCAAAUAUCCUAGAUUACUACUGUUUAAAUAAAUUGUUAUAUACAAAAUGUUUCGUCUUGAGUUGUUGUUCACCAGGAUAGGAGGACUUUUAUAUAGCUAUGGUGACUUAAAUCAGUUUUAAAAUCAGGCCCUAUUGUGAGUUUUUUUUGUUCCUUUGUCCUGUAGUGUUUUAUAUAGUUUAGUUGCAUGUAAAUGGUCUGCAAAGGCUAAGAUCCCAGAGUUUCUCUCCCACACACGCAGGUUUAAUGUUUAACAUGUUCAAAGUCUUACUUUAGCUGGCAGCUUGCUAACAUUUACUAAUUAGCAAAAAACAGAUUGAUGGUCAGGGGAUUUGUUAUGCAGGAUUUUAUUGGGUCGUAAACUGCAUUGAAUAAAAAAAAAAAAAUGUGACUUGCUUUGGGCGCUGGAGUGUGUCAGGGACAUUGUUUCAUCAUCUGAGGACUGAAUGUACUAUCAUGACAAAUACUUGAGACAUUUAACUCUAUGAAGCAGGAACACACUGAACUUACCACUUAUUUCUUAGAGGCCAUCUUUACUGAGAUGAUCCGAGUAAAUUAAAUGUGUAUUCAGCUGAACUGAAGACCAUCAGUGCUGAGGCGUUCAAUUACAGAUGUACUGAAGUCCCUAUGAAAAAGUUAACAUGUCACUGAACGGCACAAAGUGUUUUGUUGUUAAAGUUUACCAAUCCCCAGUCACAAGGACACAAAUGCUGGAUUCAAAAGUACAUUUCAAAUAAAACAAAUUACAUUACUGAAACCUUUAUUGAUGAUCAAACAUGAACUGAACAAGGUCUUCAAAGUGCAAGUCAACGAGGCGAGGAGUUAUCACACGAGUAAAGAGACGCUACAAACAUUUAAAACCAGAUUUAACUGAGAUUCUGAGUAAACGUUACAAUAAGUGACUUUAAUACCCUGAAGUGUCUCAUUAAUGUUUUUGCACUGACUAGCAUAAGUCUCUAUCCAGCCCUGCAGGAGGAGGACAACCUAGUGAUUUACAUUUACAUCAUGAAUGGCUCUAAAACAAGAUGCAUAACAGCUGAUCACAAACAUGGUCUCCAGCAGAUAUGUGAUUUAAAACGUAACCCUUUGAAGUCAUUUUACAUAGCGUUAUUCCUAGCACGACUGUCUGCAGAAUGAAAGCUGAACCCUGCAGUUUGCACCUUUAUAGGAAUGUAGUUUAUGUUGCAGGGCUGCUGAUGUUGUGAUGAACAAACACAGAUGUGGGGAAGAUUAUAUACAAUAUAAUGUUUAUAAUUUGUGUGGAAACCAGCUCCCACUGACACAAUACAACAAAGUAGUUCUCAUUCACGUGCACAGAUUGCUGAAGUCUGUAUCACAAAUCCAGUUCAGCCUAAAAGAAGAAUAACCGUUUUUUUUUUACUAAUCCAGUUAUGAGUGAUUCAACAAGAGUUAAACAUCCAAGUCUGUUUUCAGGUAUCUGAGAGGACUAGUAUGUUAAAUAAAAGGUUGGAAUGUACCCCCCUUUGUAGUAGUGGGUUGGUUUGGGACUAGCUUUACGUUAGGACAUGAAAUAAAUCUGUGGCUGUGUUCAAAACUGCAACUAAUGUACUUUUUUUUUAUACCAAGUGUGGCGUUCUAACGUGGAUUGUGUGUACAUUCCUGAUGUUGACUUUAUUAGAAAACAUUUUAGUUUAAGAUGGAAGUUAACUGUACAUAAUUGACCGCCCCAGAAUGCAUUGCUGCUCCCCAGACUGUUUAAUGGCAGACCGUUUAAGAAUUAACCGUCGUAUACAAUUAUAACUAUUAUAUACUAAGAGGAGAAACGCGGGAGCUCACAUAUAGAACAUGGUGUGGUAAACAGAUUUAAUUUAAAGUAUUUCAUCAUUAAAAAUAAAACCGUAAAAUAAUACAUUCACAGUUAACACUGGUUUACAUCUGCCAUGAAGAAUUGUCGUUAAACUGUAGGUUGGAAGACACCGAUACAGCCGUGUGACGCAGAAAAAAAAAAGCUUGAGGCUUUGGUGUUUGUCGAGUUGCAUUGUGGGAAAUGUGGGCUGAAGUUUUUAGGGAAGAAGAAUUUAGAAUAUUUGUUUAUUUUCAAAUCUAUAAUUAUGAUUUCUAAAUAUUCCACAUGACAUCUUAAAGACUAAACAAUCAAGAAAAUGUUGGCACUGAAUAUUUAAUAACGAAAAACGAUUGUUGCAGUCCUAUGCUUUUGCAUGGUUACCAUAGUGAUCCAACACAGCUUGAAGUGAGUCAGCAUAAAACCAGAGUCUCUGAUCUGAUCCGUCUUUGUGAUGCAAACCUCUGGUGCUGCUGUUGUUGAUGAUGAUGAUGAUGAUGAUGAUGAUGUGCAGACACACAAACACAAA